UUCCCAGCUUGGUGUAGGGAGGGAUGGGAUUGGAAAGUGGAGGCGUUGGACAGCAACCACUUUGCAUUUGGAAAAAUCCAAAAAAUCACAUGAGAUAUACCUUUCCACGUCCUGGUCCCUCCUUUUUGCUGUAUAUUCCAGAAUCCAAAGAAUGUUUAUCUCCAAACCCAAACACAUCCAAUACAAUUUUUUUUCAAUUUUUUUUUCAUUUUUUUCAUUUUUUUCAUUUUUAUCUGUUCCGAAAUCUCUACUCCACUGGCUCUUAAAAGCACCUCAGCUUUUCUCUCCGCUAUUUCCCGUGACUCGCCCGAGUUGGAGUCGGCGCUCCGAGUUUCCGCGGCCAGCUGACCUUUGCCUAACUGCCUAUGUGAACCAGUGAAAGAGCUUGGCGAGCGAGCGAGAGAAAGAGAUAGAGAGAGAUGAAGGAGGAACAAGAAAGAGAAAUGGGAGAGAAGAUAAAGAUUGGUGUUUGUGUGAUGGAAAAGAAGGUGAAAUGCGGCUCCGAGGUGUUCUCAGCGCCGAUGGGAGAGAUUCUCGAAAGGCUACAAGCAUUUGGUGAAUUUGAGAUCUCACAUUUUGGGGACAAGGUCAUUCUUGAAGAUCCGAUUGAAAGCUGGCCAAUUUGUGACUGCUUGAUUGCUUUUCAUUCCUCCGGCUAUCCUCUGGAAAAGGCUGAGGCAUAUGCUGCUUUAAGGAAACCUUUUCUAGUAAAUGAGUUGGAGCAGCAACACCUUCUCCAUGACCGUAGGAAGGUGUAUGAGCAUCUUGAAAUGCAUGGAGUCCCUGUUCCCAGAUAUGCCCUUGUAAAUAGAGAAGUACCAUAUCAGGAGCUGGACUAUUUUAUUGAGGAAGAAGAUUUUGUUGAGGUUCAUGGUCAUCGUUUCUGGAAGCCAUUUGUGGAGAAGCCUGUUGAAGGGGAUGAUCAUAGUAUAAUGAUAUAUUAUCCGAGUUCGGCAGGUGGAGGAAUGAAGGAAUUGUUUAGGAAGGUUGGUAACCGCUCUAGUGAGUUCCAUCCAGAGGUUAGAAGAGUGAGACGUGAAGGCUCUUAUAUAUACGAAGAAUUCAUGCCAACUGGAGGAACAGAUGUCAAGGUGUAUACAGUGGGCCCUGAAUAUGCACAUGCUGAGGCAAGGAAGUCUCCUGUUGUUGAUGGUGUUGUCAUGAGAAAUCCUGAUGGCAAGGAAGUGAGGUAUCCUGUUUUACUGACACCUACCGAGAAGCAAAUGGCAAGGGAUGUCUGCAUUGCAUUUAGGCAAGCGGUUUGUGGGUUUGAUCUUUUGCGCUGUGAGGGACGUUCCUAUGUUUGUGAUGUGAAUGGAUGGAGUUUCGUAAAAAACUCUUACAAGUAUUACGAUGAUGCUGCUUGUGUGCUCAGGAAGAUAUUUUUAGAUGCUAAGGCUCCUCAUCUUUCUUCUGCAAUUCCACCAACGUUACCAUGGAAGGUCAAUGAACCAAGCCAACCUUCUGAGGGACUAACUCGUCAAGGAAGUGGAAUUAUUGGAACAUUUGGGCAGUUGGAGGAGCUACGCUGUGUUAUUGCCAUCAUUCGGCAUGGUGAUAGAACUCCCAAACAGAAGGUAAAGCUGAAGGUUACUGAGGAGAAGCUCCUGAACUUGAUGCUAAAGUACAACGGGGGACGACCUAGAUCCGAGACAAAACUGAAGAGUGCUAUCCAAUUGCAAGAUUUGUUGGAUGCCACACGAAUGCUUGUACCUCGUACUAGACCAGGUCGAGAAAGUGAUAGUGAGGCAGAAGACAUUGAACAUGCUGAAAAGCUUCGUCAAGUUAAAGCAGUGCUCGAGGAGGGGGGACAUUUCUCUGGAAUUUAUAGAAAGGUUCAACUAAAGCCACUAAAGUGGGUUAAAGUGGCAAAAAGUAAUGGUGAAGGUGAGGAAGAACGCCCAGUUGAAGCUUUAAUGGUUCUUAAAUAUGGGGGUGUCCUUACACAUGCUGGCAGAAAGCAGGCUGAGGAACUGGGUAGAUAUUUUCGGAAUAAUAUGUAUCCAGGUGAAGGUACCGGCCUUCUUCGCCUCCAUAGCACCUAUCGUCAUGAUCUUAAAAUCUACAGCUCUGAUGAGGGCCGUGUGCAGAUGUCUGCAGCUGCAUUUGCCAAAGGCCUACUUGAUCUAGAAGGGCAGCUAACACCAAUCCUGGUUUCCCUGGUUAGCAAGGACUCCUCUAUGUUGGAUGGACUUGACAAUGCAAGUGUUGAGAUGGAAGAAGCAAAGGCUAGGUUGAAUGAAAUUAUUACUUCUGGUGCGAAGACGGUUCAUAACAAUGCAACAUCUCCUUGGAUGGCUGAUGGAAGUGGACUGCCUUCAAAUGCUUCUGAACUUCUACCCAAAUUGGUAAAAUUGACUAAGAAGGUCACUGAACAAGUAAGACUGCUAGCCAAGGAUGAAGAUGAGGAACUUACAAAGACAAGCUCAUAUGAUGUGAUACUUCCUUAUGACCAAGCAAAGGCCCUUGGUAAGACUAACAUCGAUGUUGAUCGUAUUGCUGCUGGGUUGCCAUGUGGCAGUGAGGGAUUCCUUUUGAUGUAUGCUCGUUGGAGAAAGCUUGUAAGGGACUUGUACAACGAACGAAAAGAACGAUUCGACAUAACACAAAUCCCGGAUGUUUAUGACUCAUGCAAAUAUGAUCUUCUGCACAAUGCACAUCUUAAUCUUGAAGGUCUGGAUGAACUCUUUAAAGUUGCUCAGUUACUUGCAGAUGGAGUCAUCCCAAAUGAGUAUGGCAUUAACCCAACACAGAAGCUCAAGAUUGGUUCAAAGAUUGCUCGUCGUUUGUUGGGUAAGAUAAUGAUUGAUUUGAGGAAUACUCGUGAAGAAGCCAUCAGUGUAGCUGAACCGAAGAGUAAUCAGGACGAAACGUCGAAGUUGACCAAUUCUGAAAAGGAAGAUAAGGAGUACCAUCCAAAACUUCAUGUUAAGAAUGAUGACAGAAAAUCUAGCGCAACUGACAUAUCAAAGCUUUACAUUAAGAACGAAGAUACGAGAAGAUCUAGUACGACAAGUGAGAUAUCAAUCGAUCAGGAUGACGAUGAUGAUAAAGAGACCCAAUAUCGUUUGGAUCCAAAGUACGCCAAUGUCAGAACACCUGAACGCCAUGUGCGGACGCGCCUUUACUUUACAUCAGAAUCUCAUAUCCACUCUCUCAUGAAUGUUCUCCGUUACUGUAACCUGGACGAAUCUCUUCAAGGAGAAGAUGGCCUCGUUUGUUAUAGUGCUUUGGAGCGUUUAUUCAAAACUAAGGAGCUUGACUACAUGAGUUAUAUAGUGCUGAGGAUGUUCGAGAAUACAGCGGUAGCUCUUGAAGACCCAAAAAGAUUUCGCGUGGAAAUGACCUUUAGCCGUGGUGCAGAUCUAUCACCAUUGGAGAACAAUGACAGUAAGGCUGCUUCAUUGCGUCAAGAGCACACACUACCGGUUAUGGGUCCAGAGAGGCUGCAAGAAGCAGGAUCAUAUCUGACUUUGGAUAAAAUGGAGAAAAUGAUACGCUCAUUUGCUAUGCCAGCGGAAGAUUUUCCUCCACCAUCAACUCCAGCAGGAUUUUCAGGUUAUUUCUCAAAAAGUGCAGCAGUGCUUGAGCGCCUGGUAAAUCUUUGGCCUUUUCAUAAGCAUGCUAAUUCUAACGGAAAGUAGCAAGUACCUUCCCCAGCCACCCGUUUUGUUUUCCUUGUCUUUAAACAUUCUUUGGUUGUUUUCACCAUGAUAUACACUGAACUUUGGUUGGUUGAAGUUGAACAACCGAUGUCAAUUUUGAGAACUUUCAGAGAAAUUUUGGAAGACCGACAAUUGAGAGCCACUGACAAAUGUUGUUGAAGGUAACCAUGUUAGUCAGAAAUUGAGAGCGCCUGCCACAAGAAUAUGAAAAAGUUCAUUGGAAUGUUUGUGCGAGGAUUUCCUACUAUUGAAAAGGCAGUCUAUGGUACAUGUA